CAGUUCGAAGUCAUCGUCAGUCAUCGUGGUCAGUACCUGAUUGUGUGCUGUGGUUUGUGGUGGUUGUUUCUAGUUUUCGUGUGCGGGCUCCGUUUUCCGUAUUCUCUUUUAAGUGGUGUCACAUUUCGACGUAAGGCAGGACAUUUCGGUACAUUUCUGUUGUAGGCGAAAGGGCAGAAGAGAUUAUGUAUUCUCAAGCCCCACCUCAAGCACCGAAGGCCGAUGUCGGCUACCUCCAGGGUCUCUUCAGGAAUGUCGACAAAGAUCGAAGUGGAAACAUAAGCGCAACGGAGCUCCAGAGUGCCCUGUCAAAUGGAACUUGGAAGCCAUUCAACCCAGAAACAGUGCGAAUGAUGAUAGACAUGUUUCGUUCACCAGGCAUGUUUGACCGCAGCCGAACUGGCACAGUCAACUUCGACGAAUUUGUCUCUCUCUGGAAUUACAUCACCAACUGGCUCAACUGCUUCCAGAGCUUUGACAAAGACCGUUCCGGUGCCAUAGACAAGGGCGAACUCACUGAGGCUCUCACUAAGUUUGGCUAUCGUCUCAGUGAACCAACCAUGAGUAUGCUGCUUGUCAAGUUUGACAGGGAUGGAAAAGGCUCUAUAAACUUUGAUGACUUCAUCCAGUGCUGUGUGACAUUACAGACUUUGACAGCGGCUUUCCGGCAUUACGACACCGACCAAGAUGGGUGGAUCACCAUUGGCUACGAAGAUUUCCUCAAGCUUGUAUUUAGCCUGCGGAUGUGAUGAUUGAUUGCAUUCUGUUAACAUACUGAUAGACUGCUGCAUUCAUUCCACCUAUUCUUUUACGGACACAAUUUCUUCUAUGUGAUCUGCCCACAUCCUGUGCUGGCAUUUGUAUGGGAUGGUUGGCCUGCGAUUAUUUUAAAAAGUAUAUCUGGAUGUUUGCUUACUGUAUCUAAAAAAAGAUUGCCAGCUGAAUUUUCGCACAGUUUUCAACCAACAAUAAAUUUGUCAGAGUGCUUUUAUCCUUGAUCUGUUUAUAUAUAUAUUAUUAAAUAUAUGUGUGUGUGUGUGUGUGUUUGUGUGUGUGUGUAGGAAAGCAGAUGACUUAAGUAGGGAUGGGCGAAUAGUGAAUUUGAGGUUCGAAGCGGAUCCGAAGCGAAUAGUGAUUUGGUCGAAUAACGUCGAAUCGAAUAGUUCGAAUAGCAUGUACCACAUAUUAUUAUGUGGUACAUGCUACAUACAUGCUACAUGCCGCCCGUCCUGUCGUGUGUUUCUUUGCUUUGUGUAUGUGCUCUUUCGCGGCUAAAAGAUGUCACUAAGCAAGUACCAACUAGGCCAACAAACAGUCUUGUUAAAAAUAUUAUGAAAAAUGAACAUUUUUGUCGUGACCUUUGCACAAUAUUUUUUAGGAUUGGAGCUAGGUAUGAGUGAAUGUCACUUUUUUGGUUUGAAAUGAAGUGGAAGAAACCUUGAAUAGUAUCAAAAUUUGAAUAGCAGUAGGGUGCAAGUUAUAAGUGAUACAAUACGUUAAAAUUUAAAAAUUGCUAUACUUAGCGCAUAUAAGCCCAUAUCACACACUUUUAAACUUAAAAAAAUAUGUACAUUUAACCUUGAAGUGUGGCUUCGCGGCAGUGCAGAUUCCCCUUGGGUGGGUGGUUUCACGGCACAGCAACCUUACGCUGCAGUGAAACCACCUUUACAGGGCGUUAUGUGCGGUUAAACAUGCAUAUAUUCGUUCAUUUCGAAUACUUCGAAAUUUUGAAUAAUAUAAAUUCGUAUCGAAGUGAAUUCGAAUACUUUAAUAUUCGUUCGAAUAUUCGAAACGCCCGAAUAUUUGCCCAUCCUUACUCUUAAGGGCUCGUUUUUCUUUGUUAGACACAAUAUUAAUGAGAACUAACUGACAAUAACGCCAAGGAAAGUAUAGGGGGUGUUGUCUGUAAUAUUUAGAAUAUAAAUGUGAAGAAAGUAAAGUGGACGAAAAGAUAACUUGCCGCUGGCAACCGAACCUGCGACCUUCGAGUAACACAUCCAAUGCUCUACCACUGAGCUAUGGCGGCGGUCAUCCUCCCGUCCACUUUAUGGGGUAUAUAUGUGCAUUUAAACCUAGGAGUGUUAGUCAGCACCAAUUGGAGCCAUGGUGGCGAGUGUGGAACACUCUUUUUUCUGCCUGUUGGCGUCAAUGAAGAUAACUUGCCACCGGUCCCUGCCGGCGUUAAGUAAUCUUUUCGUCCACUUUACUUUCUUCACAUUUUAUAUUCUAAAUACUACAGAUAACACCCCCUUGGCGUUAUUGUCUGUCAGUUCUCAUUAAUAUUGUGUGUGUGUGUGUGUGUGUGUGCGCAAGAAUCUGCCCUGUUUAUGGCAGUUGCUUUGCACACAGCUGGAGCACCAUUGAUGUUGCAGUAGUGAGUGUGCUGUUGUUUCAGAAGUAACAGAUGAAGUGAUGUUUUUCAUAGAUAAUCUAUGCACAGCACUAAUUGUAAAUGCUCAGUAAAGAGAAAGAAAGUGUGAACAACAUGCGUUAAAAAGGCCAUGAUGAUGUGUAGUGCAGCAUACAUUACAUUAUAUAAAUACCACUGUGACCACAACAUUAACCAUUUUUAGGUUAUAAAAAAAGUGGAGAAAUAUGGUCAUUGCACUGUUGGAGCUAAAUCUCUAUUUGUGCUACGUUAGGACGACUGGGCAUCCCGUCUGUGUGGGUGAAGGCGCAUGUGCGCUUCUAAUAAAAUUUUCACUGCUGCUGUCAUUAAGCUUACCCCUUAUUUUUGUAACUGCAACUGCCAACUAUUUGCUGCCAUGUACAUACAGAAAAUUGGUCCUUAUACGUUGAAAUGUUUGUGCUAUUCUUUCAGGGAUAAAUAUUACUGAUGUGAAUGUUGUGGACAAGCACAUCAUUUGAGGAACACACUGUGAGAAGCGGAAGAUAAACCAUAUUUUAAGGGAGUAUUAAAUGAAGCAUUUCCGUGUUCUAGAUUUUUUUAUGGCACUUGUGAUAUAUUCCGCACUUUAAAAAAUAAACAUGUGCUAGCAAGGGA